AUGUCCAGUCAAAGUAGUUUAAGUACAAGCUGCAACCAUGACACGACACAUCAAGUGACUCUUGCUUUUCCCAAGCCAGCCGAGUUCAAUAAAUCAACAACUGCACCGUUACCGAGUCUAGAUCACGAUGACUAUGAGCAAGAAAAAUUGGACAUCAAAAUGAAUGCAGAUCUAGAAAAUGAAGCAGCUAUUCCUCCAGAUUGUGGCUACUCUUGGGUGAUUAUGGUUGCAAGCUUCUUUAUUCAUUUUAUAUCCAUCGGUAUUCCCACCUCUUUUGGCGUAUUUCAACAGGCUUACAAAGAAGAGCCCGAAUUUGCAAAAUCAUCAAAUCUUGAAAUCGCUUUUGUUGGAUCUCUUGGAGCUGCUGGAAUGCCCAUAUUUUCAAUUCUGGCUGGUCGCUUGGUAGACAAAUAUGGUCCACGCAUUGUUUGUGCCUGUGGUGCUUUGAUCGUUUUGGUUUCUUUGAUCAUCGCAUCGUUUUCCAAUGCGACGUGGCAUUUGUUAAUUACCCAUGGAUUUUUGUUUGGACUCGGGUCUUCAAUUGCAUAUCUACCUGGCCUGGCAGUUUUAUCAGAUUGGUGGGUCAAGCGUCGUGGAUUUGCAACGGGAGUUGCAGUUGCAGGAACUGGUAUUGGUGGACUUACAUGGGGUCCUAUUCUACGUGCGCUCAUCACAAGUAUCGGAUGGCGCUGGACGCUCCGAACAGUUGCCAUGUGUGGAUCUGCCGUUAUUUUAAUAUGCGCACUUUUGCUACGUAUUCGAGUUAAACGAGUUGCUAAAAGGACGAUUGAUCUGUCUUGUUUAAAAAACAGUGUAUUUAUUCGACUUUAUUUCGUUACGUUUUUCAACUCGUUUGGAUAUUUUAUUCCCUUCUUUUUCAUAUCCAUUUACGCGGUCAGCCAUGGUAUGACUCGAGAACAAGGUGCGCUUCUUAUUGGCAUUUUAAAUGGAGCAUCUGGACUUGGUCGAGUCGUUCUUGGGUUUUCUGGUGAUUACGCUGGCAGAAUUAAUACGAUUGCUGCAUGUGCUACAACAGCAGCUAUAUCAAUUUUGACUAUCUGGCCAUUUGCAACUUCUUUUGGAUCUGUUGUGUGCGUAGUGGUCAUGUUUGGAUUCUUUAUUGGAGGCUAUGUAGCCCUCCUGCCAACUAUUGUUGCACAACAGUUGGGUGCAAAUGGUGACAUUGCCACCAUAACAGGCAUGGUGUACAAUGGUCUUAUGUGGGGAAACCUGUUUGGAUCGCCCAUUGCUGGUGCAAUGAUUGAUCGAUUCACCACGAUUAGUGCCAAUGGAUCAAAACAUACCAACUUUUUGCCGUCCAUCAUGUUUUCUGGAUGCUGCCUGUUUACUAGUGCCAUGUUCUUAGUUUCCAUCAAAAUGACGACAGGUCGUAUGAAAUUCUGGACCAAAGUCUAA